UCAAACAGCAGGGAUGUUGAUCACCUUUACAACCCAAUAAAACUGCAGAGCGGUGAACAGAUGGGUUAUUAUUUAACCAGUGACCAACCCUACACACACACACACACACACACACACAACCUCCCUAUCAUCAAGUCCAGGAAACGUGUCUUGGCUUUGCUCCUCUGGUCCAUUAAACCAGAUGGAUUUCAUCGCCGAUCGAAGUCGCCGUGGCAACAGCCUUGUUACUUUGCUCAGCGGGUGGAAUCAUCGUCACGACAACGAGCGGAAAGUGCUGACAUUGAAUGUGCUGUUGCUUGGUGACCAGCAGAGUGGGAGGAGCUCUGUGGGGAACGCCCUGAUUGGUGGACACGAGUUUCAGACAAGCACCUUCAUCCCUGGUGUUUCCCUGACGACAGAGUUUCAGGUUCUCAGCAGAAAUUUCCCGCGUUAUUUCAGACGACAGGGGGCGGAGUCAGACCUCACGUUGAGAGUGAUUGACACGUCACCUCUGCCGCCCCACCCGCAGAGUGUGCACGAGCUCUGUCCUGAGGGCGUGCACGUACUUGUGGUCGUGGUGAGAGCUGACCGGUCACAUGAAGACACACAUGUGGAGAAACAUGGGGAGCGUCUCUUCGGACCAGAGUGGCGUCGUCACGCCUUACUCAUUAUCACACAUGCUGAUUACCUGGAGAAGGCGGGACUUCACCCCUCUGUCUACCUAUCGCAGACCUCUGAUUGGCUGAAAGCUCUGUCCAAUGAGGCAGCGGGUGGAGUCUUGUUCCUGGGCAACAGCUGCGAUUGGCCCUUGAUCAGAGGACAGCCGCUGAGAGAUGGAGUACUCCGCCUCUCAGCUGGAAACCAUCACAGAGCUGUGAAGGUCAGGACAGAGUUCACACUCUGAGGCUACGUCCAUCCUCCGUAUUCUGAUCCCUGUCCACCCUAACAUCACAUGGACCACUCACGUGCACUGUCUUUAUGAAGAGCACCUUUGUUCAAGGACUUCCAAGUUGAAAUAUGUCAUCAUGACUUGUUCUCCACUGUCCUGAAAGUCUGAUGAAACAAUGAAACAGACGAUUGUGGUUUCAAG